ACGGCUGAGCAGCAAGCACAAGCAGUGAGAAUCCAACCGCGUCGACGUAAGAACGCGUCAAACGUAAAUAAUUCCGAUCGCGCGCUCUUGCACUCGACGUCUCGUCUACGACAAAAAUAUAAAAUCAAACAACUGGACUGAAAUAAAUCAUGUACGUUCUGGUAUAUAAACUGUAAGUGUAAUCUGAUAUAAAUCCUGAAGUUUAAUUGGCAAAUAAACACAGAAAACUUUCAAGUUUUGUAAUAAAAACAAUAAUGGUUUAAAAUUUUGUAAGCUCCGUAGAGCUUUUUGUUAAGGACACUUGCGUAUUUUCUCGCGAAAAACUUUUAAAAUGAUGAUGGCUAGUGCAAAGUUAGUGAGGGACUGCAGCUCGGAACUGAGCUCCGACGUGCGGUCUCUUUCAGUAUCGUCUUCUACUGAAGAGCAAGAUUGCACCACCACUGAGUCUGACUACUCUGAAGAGGAGAAAGAGUAUGAAUUAGAAGAUCUUCAAAUAUUAAAAACUAUAGGAACUGGCACAUUCGGCCGCGUAUGCCUCUGUCGGGAUAAAGCAGCCGACGAGUACCUGGCGAUGAAGAUAUUGUCUAUGGCUGACGUAAUUCGCUUAAAGCAAGUCGACCAUGUCAUGAACGAGAAGAGCAUAUUAGCGGAAAUCAAUCAUCCAUUCAUUGUUAACUUGCGAUGGUGGACACGCGACGACUCGUGUAUCUACAUGUUAUUUGACUAUGUGUGCGGCGGUGAACUUUUCUCCUACUUAAGAAAUGCUGGCAGAUUCAGUAAUAGUAUUGGAAAUUUCUAUGCAGCUGAAAUAGUCUCGGCGCUGGAAUACCUUCACGCUCGGAAUAUUGUUUAUCGAGACUUGAAGCCAGAGAAUCUAUUGCUCGCGAAGGAUGGCCAUUUGAAGAUCACUGACUUUGGGUUUGCGAAAAAACUAACGGAUCGCACUUGGACACUUUGCGGCACGCCGGAAUAUUUAGCGCCUGAGAUCAUUCAAAGUAAAGGACACAAUAAAGCUGUUGACUGGUGGGCUUUAGGUGUGCUGAUCUAUGAAAUGCUAGUUGGCUAUCCCCCGUUCUACGAUGACAAUCCUUUUGGAAUAUACGAAAAAAUCUUAAACGGGCGGGUUGAUUGGCCGAGGCAUCUAGACCCUGUAGCCAAGGACGUCAUAAAGAAGCUAUUAGUGCAAGAUAGGACGAAACGGCUUGGAAACAUGAAGUGUGGUUCAGAAGAUGUGAAGAGACACAGGUGGUUCAAACACAUCGACUGGGCUGAUGUUUAUAUGAAGAAGCUACAGCCACCAAUUGUGCCAUCAGUAUCAUACGAAGGGGACACAUCAAAUUUCGACGAGUACCCUGAAACCGAUUGGAAAGCUGUGCGGUCCCUUGAUCCUGAUGAGCUUAAACUGUUCGUCAACUUUUGAUGUAGACUCCUGUAUAUUUUAGUGCGGAAAUAUAAAUUAAAAAAAAGUAGAACAUUGUUAUUCGGCAAAAGGUUAAGGCUUCUUUGUCAAAAACAACAAAAAACAAAAGAAACAGCAACAAAAAACUUAUAGUUAGUUAACUUUUGGUUUCUUUGUUUUUUAAUCUUAUAUGCUUUGAACUUUGCAAAAUAAUGUUUAUUGCAAAUUUGUCACAAGAGUUUACUAGACAAAUGGAAAUGUAAAUAUGUAAUUAUAGGUUUAGUAUAAAAGCAAAAAUAUAGAAAUUUAUAGGCUUUAUGAUUCCAAUGCUUCCUCUUAGUUAUAAAUCGAAAAUAUUCGUAAUUUCUGCGUUUGUGAUUUUUAGUUUUAAUUAAUAAGAAAUAACUAAUUUAUAAAUUAUUUAAUGUAUUCCUAAAAUAUAAUGCCUUAUUGGCGUUGAAAUGAGUUACUAUACUUAUUCAUUGUACCAUGUAAGUAACAUAGUUUAAUUUUAAAAUUUCGGUAAAAUUCUUUAAUUAUUCCUAGAAAGGAGUGACGUACCUAUUUCGAGGCGAUUGUACCACAAUUUAAAAAAAAAAAAAAAUUACUUAUUGUUUAUUUUAUUUAUUGUAGUAUUCAGUUUAAAGAGAAUUAAGCAUUAGGUAUAUUUAAAUAAUAAUUUUAUUUUUACUAAGCUUAAACUUCAUUGUAUUUCCAAAGACUUUAAAUUUUUAAAAAGAAAUAUAAAUGUUGUAAAUUUUAAUUAAAUUUUUAUUCGAAUUUUUCAAGAUUCCUAUUGUACUCAUAUAAUUCAUACAAUUUAAUAUACACAAUAUCAAAUUAUGUGAAUUAUAUUGUUAAGUAAUAUAUAUUUUUAUUAACAAUUAUAAAUUUUAAUAUUAGUAAUAUUAUAUAACAUGAGGAGCACACUAAAACUAAUUGAUUGCAUUAAUUGUUAUUGUAAAUAAAAAAUAUGUUAAAUUAAAAGUUUAAUAAAAAGUUUGAAGCGGUAUGGACAGCAAAGUUUGGUUCCUUCUACUUACGUACAUUUUAAUGUAUGUUUAUUUAUUAUUAUAUUUUAAUAAUAAUUUAUUUGAUAAGGUAUAUUUUUUUCUAUUUAAUUAUAUAUACGCCACGAAACAAGUCCUGUAGACGAGGCGCUUAUGGCUUAAUGGUCUUUUGCUAAGGCGCUGUCAAUUUUAGUUCAGGUUAAGCCGCGAGACUUCUUUCGCGGCGCGGAGUCUAGUAUUUAAUAGGUCGCUUUAUUAUAUUAUUAUUGCCAUAGAUUUUGAAUUCGUGAUCUCUUAGUCAGAGUAAUUUGCAUUGGCUUUUCUUAUUAAAAUAUUAUUUUAUUUAAUGUUAGCUUGUUGUAGACACUCAAAUGUAAGAUAUGAAAUAAAUAUAACAGGGUUUUAAGGAAAUAGUAGAAGGAACUUAGUGAUUGUAUAUAAAUAAUAAUUCAAUAAUAAAAUAUAUUUCAAUAUUAUAUAA